AUGGAGAGAACACACCUCUCUCCCUACACCAACAACAAUCAAACCACCACCAACAAACGCAACACAACAUACUCGGAUUCCGGUGGCGGCGAGACGUGCACGACCGACGACGAUAAAUGGGCAUCUAAACUUCUCCGAGAGUGUGCCCGAGCCAUUUCGGAGAAAGACUCGGGUAAGAUCAACCAUCUUUUAUGGAUGUUGAAUGAGCUAUCUUCACCUUAUGGUGAUUGUAAUCAAAAGCUAGCUUAUUACUUCUUACAAGCACUUUUUUGUAAAGCGACUGAAUCCGGCCAAAGAUGUUACAAGACUUUAGUGACUGUUGCUGAUAAAAGUCACUGUUUUGAUUCGGCUAGAAAACUCAUCCUAAAAUUCCAAGAGGUUUCUCCUUGGACUACUUUUGGUCAUGUUGCAUCAAAUGGUGCCAUUUUAGAGGCAUUUGAUGGCGAGACUAAUAAGCUUCAUAUAAUUGAUAUAAGUAAUACACUUUGUACCCAAUGGCCAACUUUGUUAGAGGCUUUGGCGACACGAAGUGACGACACGCCUAGCUUGAAGUUAACGGUUGUUGUCACGGCCAGCCUAGUAAGAUCGGUCAUGAAAGAAAUCACUCAAAGAAUGGAGAAAUUCGCUCGUUUGAUGGGUGUUCCAUUCGAGUUUAAUGUGAUAACCGGAUCAAAUAGGCCUUUGGGACAACUUACUAAAGAAGAGUUAGGUGUUCAAGAUGAUGAAGCUAUAGCUAUUAAUUGUAUUGGAGCUUUGAGAAGAAUAGAAGUUGAAGAUAGAGAGGAUGUGAUUCGGCUUUUUAGCUCUUUAAGGCCAAGAGUUGUGACCAUAGUUGAAGAAGAAGCCGAUUUCACGAGCUCAAGAAGUGAUUUUGUCAAGUGUUUUGAAGAAUGCUUAAGGUACUACACUUUAUACUUUGAAAUGUUGGAAGAAAGUUUUACUCCCACGAGUAACGAAAGGCUAAUGCUUGAACGAGAAUGUUCGAGGAGCAUUGUUAGGGUUUUGUCGUGUGAUGACAAACAAAAUAUCGGCUCGGGGGAUUGUGAAAGAAGAGAGAAAGGAAAUCAAUGGUGUGAGAGGCUCAAGGAGUUGUUUUCACCGGUUGGUUUCAGUGACGACGUGGUGGACGAUGUGAAAGCAUUGUUAAGAAGGUACAAAGCCGGAUGGUCUCUUGCACUAAGUGAUCAAACGAACUCGUAUAAAGAUUCAGGGAUCAUGUUGGCUUGGAAAGAUGAGCCAGUUGUCUGGGCUUCAGCUUGGAAACCCUGAAUCCUAAACGCUAAACGCUAUAAGUUACCAUCUAUAUGUAUGAAUCUGUCUAUGCAAUGAGUUAGGCUAGUGGUGAAAACCCUAAUAUUUAGGUUGGUUGAAACUCCCAUAAUGGAUUCUAGUACUUGAAGGUUGAAGAUAGAAUAUAUAUAGUCUCUUUUAAUUUAUAGACAUUCCUUCAUCACCAAAAUUGGUAUAAGUAAUUGCUAGCCAGCAAUUUUAAAUCUGGGUGGUUUUCUGGAGUUUUUUUUUUUAGCUUUUCUUGAUGUCGUAAAGUGUUUCGAUCUUGUUUUUUUCAUUUUUAUGUAUGUUGUUGUGUAUUUAGAAGGGCUUUUCCAUACAGAUGCAUUGUCAUUGUUUGAUUGAUAAAUUAAAUAUCGUGAUUGAUUAAUAAAAGAUUUCUAAGUUUCCAUUUGUAA